ACACACACACACACCUAGAGAGAGAGAGAAAGAGAGAGAGAAUAUGAAAACCAGAUAUCUUUAAGAUGACUUGGAGCCCUGGAGUCUGCCUCUGUCCUUCUCCUCUUAAACCAUUCAUCAGAGGACGGAGUGUGAAGCAUCAACACUGACCUGGUAUCAACCUACAUCCUGACGCUGGAUUUGUUGGAUUUCUGUUUAAAGUACAACAUCGGCAGGAAAAGACAUGAGGGUGAAGACUUUCACGAGAGCACAGAUUCUGCAGGAGUUUCAUUUCCGCUGCCAGACACUCGCUGCUAACGACAACAGAGGCUUUAAAAAGGAGUUCGAGGAGCUGAGUGAUGUUGGUAAAGAGCUCCCGGUCAGAGCGGCAGAGUCAGAGGUCAACAGAGAAAAGAACAGAUAUCCCUACAUUUUACCAUACGACCACUGUCGCGUGAGGCUGUCCGUUCAAAACUCCAUUCCACACACGGACUACAUCAAUGCAAACUUUGUGCCCGGUGGAGGGUCAGAGAGAGACUUCAUCUGCACACAGGGGCCUCUGCCCAACACCAUGGCAGACUUCUGGAGGAUGGUGUGGGAGCAAAACGUCCGGAUAAUCGUCAUGGUGACAGCUCUGAAACACAAGGACAUAGUGCUGUGCGAUAGGUACUGGCCUGUGGAACGAGGGACAGUUUAUCACGGACUGAUCCAAGUGACAACAGUGACCUGCAGGAAAGGUCCAGAUUAUUUUAUCUCCACCAUUAACCUCAGACAGAGAGACUGUCCAACAGACCGCGUAAUCACGCACUACUACUACUACUCCUGGCCAGACCGUAGCAUCCCUAAAGAGUCAUCGUCUCUGUGUGCCUUCACUGACUACGUGAGGCAGCAUUUGGAGGCCAUCCCUCGCCUGGGCCCGACUGUGGUCCACUGCAGUGCAGGUGUUGGGCGCUCGGGGACGUUUGUGACUCUGCUGUGGCUGAUGCAGCUGUGCGCUCGUGGCAUCCAGCCUGACAUCCGCGCCGCUGUGGAAGAUCUGCGCCUACAUCGGAUGUGGAUGGUCCAGAAUCUGGAGCAGUACAUCUUCGUGUAUCAGUGUCUGCUAAAGUGGCUCGGCGGAGUAACAGGAAGGAGCUCAGCAGGCGGCCCACAGAUUCAGGGAGCCGGUUCGAAAAUUAACCCCCACAAUCAGGAUCAACCCCAUGGCUCCUCAGGACGUGGAGAGCGAACAGGGAGGAGGAGACAUCACCGUCAUGGACAGAAAUCUCCCCCAGAGCCGCCACAGAACACAAUACAGCAGAUGUUACACCCGGGAAACCUGCUGAGGAGGUUGCUGCCCUCGUCAUCGCUGUUAAAUCCAGGCUCUGACGCCUCCUGAACUCUCAUGGCAUUCAGCGGAUCUAACAAAGGCAAAGACACUGGUCACACGGUGCGUGAGAAACAAGGACAGAGGCUGCAGAAAUAGUGCUGCGUGUGCUCGGCGACAGUGUCAGGCCCUGCAGGCACAAAACUGGCCUGACAACAUGCAAAUACAUGCUGGUAAAGGAAUACACAGACCGGUAUUUUCACUGUUCAUUUUCACUGGAGAGAUUAAGUAAAUCACCUGCUAUUCAGGUCAGACCAGUGCACGCGAGGACAAUUUUAACUAUAAAACCACCCAGAUGUCUCCAAUGACUAACGUUUCAGUCUUCACACCUUUUUCCCCAGACAUAAUUUGCACAUGUUGACUUCCAUAAGUCCAGUGUUUAACAUUAAGCAUGGAUGUACCAUACAAUGAACACUGAAUUUAAUGUACAGGCACUGUUUAAAUUCUGACAACGCUUGAGACACGGGUGCAUCCACAAAAAUCCAUACGUCUGUCGGGUAAAAGCAUGGACAGAAAAACUACAUUUACUGGAAUUGUACAUGGUAACUUAUAUUAUAAAAUAAUAUUUGCCUUGAUA